CGUGCUGACUGAAAGAGGCGCGAGGCGGUAGGAUCAUCAGAUUGGUCCAACGAAUAAACGCGUUAACGGUUCUGAUUGUGCGCGGGACAGAUGAGAGGCGGAAACAAUUAAAAGAUACACGAUUUAUAUAUAAGCCGUUCUAAACGGCAGAGCCUUUCCCUCUCUCUCGCCCCUCCUCCUUAUCUCUCCCGUUCUUGUCCGUGUUCCGUUGGCGACGAGCGACUAGGGUUUUGGGAGAGCGCCGCUACGGCCGAUCCGGAUCUCGUCCUCUUUUUGGAUUCCUUCUUUGUGCUUCAUUCCUUUCUUCUCCACUGUUAGAGGCCCAAUAUGGCGACGCCUUCAGCAUCUUUUAAAUCCCAAGAAGACCAUCGAAAACAACUUGAACUGGAGGAAGCGCGUAAGGCUGGGCUUGCCCCAGGUGAGGUUGAUGAAGAUGGGAAGGAAAUUAAUCCGCAUAAUCCUCAGUACAUGUCAUCUGCCGCUUGGUAUCUUCAUGCUGAGAGGCCUCUUUGGAAGUAUCAGAGGAAAUGGAAGUCAGAUCCAAAUUACACAAAAGCAUGGAGAGGUGCGAAAAUUUAUCAGUCUUUCUCUCUCUCUCUCUCUCGUGGUUAACAUGCCAAGUUCACC